AUGGCUCCGUGGCCUGAACUGGAGGACACAGACGCCAAUAAAUAUAUUGAAGAACCUUCCCCAAAAUCCAAGAAGAUCAUGUCUGAAAAAGAGACGAAAGACACCAAAGAUGGGGCCAUUUCCCCGGGGAAUCAGCUGGAACUUUUGCCUGCGUAUUCCACCAUUGCUUUGACCACUGAAUCCGAAGAAGAAGAAGAUCCGUGGAGCCUGCCGGAGCUUCAGGAUACUGGAAUCCAGUGGUCAGAGCUGGAUGGGAAACACAAAGCCCUCUAUAUUUUGCGAGGCAUCGUGAAAUUUAUUCUCCUGCUGGGCUUGCUUUACUUUUUCGUGUGCUCCUUGGACGUGCUCAGCUCGGCCUUCCAAUUAGUCGGAGGCAAAGCCGCAGGGGACAUUUUCAAGGAUGGUUCCGUCUUAUCCAAUCCCGUGGCAGGGCUUGUCAUUGGCGUCCUGGUGACCGUGAUGGUGCAGAGUUCCAGCACAUCUUCUUCCAUCAUCGUCAGCAUGGUGUCUUCUUCACUAUUGAAUGUUAAGCAUGCUAUCCCGAUCAUAAUGGGAGCCAACAUUGGGACUUCGGUGACAAACACCAUUGUGGCACUCAUGCAGGCUGGCGACAGGAAUGAAUUUAGAAGGGCCUUCGCUGGCGCCACUGUCCACGAUUUCUUUAACUGGCUUUCCGUGUUUGUCCUGUUGCCCCUUGAAAUUGUCUCUCAGUAUCUCUACCGCCUGACCAGUCUUAUUGUGGACUCGUUUCAGCUGGAGAGUGGGGAAAACGCCCCGGAAUUACUAAAAGUCAUCACAGAUCCCUUCACAAAACUCAUCAUCCAGCUCGAUAAGUCGGUGAUAAGUGCAAUCGCCACAGGAGACGAAUCAGCGAAAAAUAAAAGCCUGGUGAAAGUGUGGUGCAAAACUAAAACCAACGUGGUGGAACUGAAUAGCACCAUCCCAGCCUCCGAAAACUGCACAUCUCCAGAUCUUUGCUGGAUCAAUGGAAACAUGACUUGGACGGUCAAGAAUGUGUCGCAAACAGAAAAUCUGGCAAAAUGCGAGCACAUUUUUGUAGGAUCCCAGCUGCAGGACCUGGCCGUUGGUCUAAUCCUGCUUGCUCUCUCUUUGCUCGUUCUCUGCACUUGCUUGGUGUUGAUCGUCAAGCUUCUGAACUCGGUCCUCAAAGGACAAGUCGCCAACGUGAUCAAGAAAACACUCAAUACAGAUUUUCCGUUUCCAUUUUCUUGGGUAACCGGUUAUUUGGCUAUGCUCGUAGGAGCUGGUAUGACCUUCAUCGUCCAAAGCAGUUCAGUCUUCACCUCUGCUAUUACUCCACUUGUUGGAAUUGGGGUUAUAAGUAUAGAACGGGCCUACCCCCUAACCUUGGGAUCAAAUAUCGGGACAACGACAACAGCCAUCCUAGCUGCAAUGGCCAGCCCUGGAAACCGGCUGAAAUAUUCCUUACAGAUUGCUUUGUGCCAUUUCUUUUUCAAUAUCUCCGGGAUUAUCCUCUGGUACCCGAUACCUUUUAUGCGCAUCCCCAUCCGCUUGUCAAAAGCCUUGGGGAACAUCACCGCCAAGUACCGAUGGUUCGCCAUUUUCUACCUCCUCUCCUGCUUCUUCUUGAUCCCUUUGGCCGUGUUUGGCCUCUCGGUGGCUGGUUGGCCCUACCUGGUGGCUGUGGCCGUCCCCAUCUUUGCGGCCUUGAUCUUCGUGCUCACCGUCCACCUUCUGCAGAAGAAGAAGCCACACCUGCUCCCCGAGAAGCUUCGGAAUUGGGACUUCCUUCCUCGGUGGAUGCACUCCUUGCGGCCCUGGGAUGACGUCAUCACCGCCGCAAGCGUCGCCUGUGGCAGAUAUUGCUGCUGCUGUUGCAAACGUUGUCGGAACAAGGCGGGUGAGCCAAGCGAAGAAGCCAAGCAAACGAAAGCGAUGGAAGUUCACGAGAAUCCUGUAUCGCUGGCCGAUGAAGAGAACUGCCUUUCCAAGGCCUCAAAAGCAGAGCAAGCGGUCCCGAGCACCACUGCCUUGUAGCAGAAAGGGAGAUGUUGAGAGUGGAGGUCCAAGGACAGAAUGCUGGGGAUCUGCGUAGAGGGAAAACAGGGAACGUGUCCCAGUGACUUGAACUCCGUGAGAAGACUGAACUAGUGAUGGGUAACGGUGGUUGUCAGGACCCCUUAAGUCAUGUCUAAAUCACAAGAUGCCCAUUCAAAAUAUCAGUAAGGUCAAGGCCUUACCUCACAUCUACUCAAGCCAGGGAACAAGUGAAGUCCUGUACUUUUUCUCCAAGAUAAGGAAGGCCUGUGGGCAGGUACGCCACUUGUGUUUUAGAGAUGUGUGGGCAAACACUGCCCACCACUGCUAAAACUCUCUCAUUUGUAGUCCUGUAGAAGCCCAACGUACUCCAAGUUCUUCAUCGUCAUCAGACCCACAAGUAGGACAUCUAGCCAUGUGUCAUGUCAUAUCUCAGUUGGAUCAGGAUUUCAGCAAGAGCUUUAAAGCCGCGUUUCCUUCGAGCGUUCAGGCAUAUGCCAUUGUUAAAACGAAAAUGUAAUAUAGUGUGUUCCACACCGAUCUCUUCAACCAUACGAAUCUUCUAAAACCUUUCAGACGGGCUGGUUGAGGUGUGUGUUCAAGAAAUUAUCUAUCUAUCUAUAUUUUAGUACUGUAGGUUCUGUGGUUUGUGCAAUUUAUGAAAUUUCUAGAGCACUUGUCUUUUACGGGCCUAAAUUAUUCGAAGGCUGAAUUUAGAGAACAAUUGUUGGAGAAUUUAGCUGCUAUAUCUCUGUAUGAUAUGCAGGAACGCCGUUUCUGGUUUACAGACACAGGAUAGAGAGAAAGAAGAGGGUACACGGGAGGGGGGGCAUUCACAGGUUUUCUCCUCCUGGCUAGAU